AUGGCUGUCUCGCCCAUCGUCGCGUAUCCUUCGGAUGCGCUGCACCCGCAGCCCACCCAGCACGCCACCGGCAUCCCGUCGCCCUUGAAGCAACUCACCUCCGCCCAGGCCUCGUCCAACGGCACACCCGUGCCCACCGCCCCCGUACAGCAGCAGCAGGGCUCUGCGCCGACCUCUGCGCCCUCGCUCGCCGCCGCGACCCUCGACCUUUCGGAGCAGCUCAACGAGGAGGAGAAACGCAAGUACUUCAAGGGCAAGAAGCUCGGCGAGGGUACCUAUGCCAACGUCUACUUUGGCUAUGUCCGCAGCGACCCCUCCCAGCUCGUCGCCAUCAAGAAAAUCAAGAUCCAAAAGGAGUACACAGAGGGCAUGGCUCCCGACGCCGUCCGCGAAAUCAAGCAUCUCCAGGAGCUCAAGCACCCAAACAUCAUCUCCCUCCUCUCCGUCUUCUCCUCUAAAGACCAGAAUCUCAACCUCGUCCUCGAAUACUUGCCCCUUGGCGACCUCGAGAUGCUCAUCCGCGACGACGCCGGCAUCCGCUACGGUUCUGCAGAUAUCAAGGCCUGGAUGGGCAUGCUGACCCGUGCCGUCUGGUUCUGCCACGACAAUUUCGUCCUUCAUCGUGAUAUCAAGCCAAACAACUUGCUCAUCGCCGGCGACGGCGAGGUCAAGCUCGCCGAUUUCGGUCUCGCACGCAGCUUCUCCGACCCUUACAUUGCCAUGACCUCCAAUGUAAUCACUCGGUGGUACCGUCCACCUGAGCUGCUCUUUGGUGCGCGACACUACUCGGGCGCCGUCGACGUUUGGUCCGUGGGCUGCGUCUUUGCCGAGCUGGUCCUGCGCACACCCUUCCUGGCGGGCGAGACAGAGAUGCAGCAGAUCAGUCUCAUCUGUAAAGCUAUCGGUACGCCCACGGACGAUAACUGGCCAGGGGUGUCGAAAUUGCCAGAAUACACCGUUGACAAGGAGGUCUACCCGGUGCGAACACGCUCGUCGUACAUGGAAAUGUUCCCCACCAUCGGCAGCGAGGGUGUUGACCUGCUGAUGAAGACACUUGCGCUGGACCCAAAGAAGCGCAUUACGGCGAGGCAGAUGCUUGAGCAUGAGUGGUGGCAUCGGGAGCCUAGGCCAACACGCAAACGCGACUUGCCGCGCAAGCAGGGCGGCGAGGAGAAGCUCGCGGCCGACCUCAAGAGGAGGCCAGGUGUGGUCGACGAGGAGAAUAGGGGAAACAAGGUUGCACGAAAGCUGGAUUUUGGUGGGGCACUGUGA